UUAAUAGGAGCAAGGCACUACUGACCAGUCUCAGUGGAGAGAGAGAGAGAGUGUUGGAACACAGGGAGUGAAACAUUCAAGACUCAAAUGUCUACAAUCAGCGGAGAUGUAUUGCUGACAUCAGCAUUCAUGGCGUAUGGAGGUUACUUUGAUCAACAGUUUCGUCACAGUCUCUUCACAUCUUGGGCCACUCACCUCCAGGAGGCUAGGAUAUCUUUUAGACCUGAUCUAGCAAGAGGUGAAUAUUUAUCUAAUGGAGAUGAGAGACUAAGAUGGCUUCCUAACUCCUUACCAGCUGAUGAUCUUUGGACUGAGAAUGUCAUCAUGAUCAAGAGAGUCAACAGGUAUCCAUUGAUAGUUGAUCUGUCCGGUCAAGCAACUGAAUUUAUUAUGAAUGAGUACAAAGACAAGAAGAUUACCAAAACAAGGUUCUUAAAUCCAAGAGACCAGACAUUGAUGAGAAGAGAUGCGACCUACUUAAGCUUCAAGGUGAGUUCCUCCUUCGUUUGUGUCACCUUGAGAAGAGUCUCCUCACUGCAUUGAACGAGGUCAAGGGUCGUAUCCUAGACAACAACAGAAUCAUUACUGAGCUUGAGACUCUUAAGGAAGAGGCUCCAGAAGUUCAGAGGAAGAUGGAGGAGACUGAUACUGUAAUGGCUGAAGUUGACAGAGUCUCCCAGCAA